AUGUACAGUUUCAUUGAGAUCGACUAUAAGAUUAGCAGGGAGCUGCCUGCACUGGAAUCACGUGUGCAAGGAUUUACACAGGCCGUUUCUCGGUCUGUAGGGUUCGACCCGGGGCUGGAGAGCCAGGGCACCAUUAUCCGGCGGGAGAUCGAGACGACCCUAAUGCGUCUUUUGGAGACGAAGACACAUCUGCAAGGCGUGAGUCCGAGCCUAGAGGAUGACGCUGAUGCUGGCCUUGGCACCGACGAAGGCGCGGAUACAGGUGGCGGCACCGGGGUUCACUCCAGCGAAAAGGCUCGUCACCAGGACAUGAAGGCGGGAGGGUCGUUAGAGAAUGCGAACACCAUGCAGCAGACAAAGAUCCUCAAUGGGUAUAUUGAAGAAUAUGUGGCGCUCAAGCAGACAGUUGUAAAAGCUAUCAAUUCCAUGAGUGCGAAGAAGAUGGGAGGGGGAAUGGCAGCCAUAGAUGCAUGGGAAAGGGCGCACGACCAGGCUUCUAAGAUGCAGGAGCUGGUUUCCAUGGCAGCGAAUCUGCAAGACCCUGUUACAAAGCUCAAACACCACCAGAUUUUACUCCGUGCUGGGCUAGACGAAGAUGCUCGACUGAUUGAUGACCUGGGUGCGGAUAUUGAUGCUCGAACUGCAGAUGCAAGGGUUGCGACGGGCCGUGCCAAGGCAGCCUCUCGCCUUCUCUGCCGUCACAAUGACUGCAAAUAUUUGACAUUAGCGAUUGUCUUUGGGGUCAUUCUUAUCGUUUGCCUCAUAUGGCUAUAA